GUCAUAUAGUGAGUGGCGGGGCACGCAGGGCGGGGCAUGGUCACACCGGGGUCUUACCAGGGUCAGCCAGGAUAGCAGAAUGAAGUUGUAAUGUAAUUUUGGCAAUUAGAGUGAGGAUGGACCAGUUGCUACUCAGUGAUGCAUUGGAGUGUUCAGUGUGCUUGGAGCAGCUCGGUUCCACCUCCCGUGUUCUUCCAUGUCAACACACAUUCUGCCGCCGUUGUCUUAAUGAUAUUGUUCACACUCAUAAGGAACUAAGAUGUCCAGAAUGCCGCGUUUUAGUAGAGGUGCCUGUAGACGAACUCCCACCAAAUAUCUUGCUGAUGAGAAUUUUAGAAAGCAUGAAAAGUGUUCCACGGCCUGCAGUCAGCCAACCUUUGAAGCCGUCUCAGACAAUUCCUCAUCCUAGUCAGCCUCCUGGCAGGCCUGAAUCACUGGAUGGUCCUCCACUUACUCAAGCUCCUCCACCACCAUCACAUCAUGGUUCCAACUCGUACUCAGGAUCCUCCUCAACCACUUCUGAAGCUGCAUUGUCCUCUGCGGGAUAUUUGGUUGGGAUUGGUGGUGGAGGGACUGGAGGUCUAGGGGGUUCCUGUGGUGGAAAUGGAGUAGGUAGCAACAAUUUGGGAGGUGGAAGAGGAUAUGGGGAAUCUCUUGGGCGUGAAACAAACUCCAUUCAAGGCAGCACGAGUUCAGCAGUAUCUGGUGUCUCAUCUUUUGGCAACCUUAACAUAAGCAUCUCAACUUCAUCUCCUACCUCUCAACCAACAUUAUUACCUAAUGUGGUACAACAAAGACAGAUAUCAACCCUCCAACCCUGUGCAAAAGCCCUCUAUAAUUAUGAAAGAAAAGAAGCAAGGGACCUUAGUUUCAAAAAAGGAGAUAUAAUAAUGCUGGGGAAGAAGAUCGACUCCAACUGGUACCAGGGUGAACUCAAUAACCAAACAGGAUUUUUCCCCGCUUCUUAUGUUCAGGUUAUUACUCCACUUCCAAGCCACAUCCCUCAGUGUAAGGCUCUCUAUGACUUUAAGAUGACUAAUGAUGAAGAGAGAGAUUGCCUCACAUUUAGUAAGGGUGAAAUUCUCACUGUGCUAAGACGGGUCGAUGAAAACUGGGCUGAAGGUAAGCUCGGCUCUCGCAUCGGAAUAUUUCCUCUCUCCUUUGUCGAUCUUAACAGUGCUGGCAAAGCCCUUAUGAAGCUUUCCCUCAAUGCACAACAGGGCCCCUCGCGUGUUGCCCCUCCAACCCCCACUAGUUUAGAGGGGGAGUCCCCCACCCCCCUCAUACUGAGUGAGGGGAGUGGUCCUCCCUCAGCUCAAGCUCAUCCUCUCUCUCAGAUAGAGUCUUCAUCCUCAUCAUCAUCUGUGGUGACUAGCCCCGACCCCUCUCUACCUUCCCCGACCUCCACAUCUGCAUCCCCACCUAACAUUGGCCCCUCGCCCUCCUCCCCUAUAGUACCACCUUCAGCUGUAGCCCCUCUCCUGCGGGGGCCAAACACACGCCACCAGCGGGAGAAGAGGCACAGCUUCACUGCUGUGCGCACCCACAACCCCAGCCCCCCGCGAUCUCCUGCCUCCCCGCACAGACAUUCCUUAGAAAUUGUAAGCCCCACUGAGGAGCCUUCCAACCAUGGAUGUAAUGUAGGUUCUGCUGACUUUAGUGCUGGUGGGCCAGGACCUACACCAAAUGAUUCUCAGGAAGUCAUAGUUAGUGGAGAACAAACAACGGUAACGGAAUUUCAAGGAUCACCAAGAGUACGACCUGCUGUAGUUACAACAAGCUCUCUGGGGCUCUCUUCAUCUACUCCACAAGUGACAGCAACUACAUUUUAUGUUGCCUUGUACUCAUAUCGAGGACGAAAAGCUGACGAGCUAGAAUUAAGAAAAGGCUACAUAUACACAGUAACAGAAAAAUGCCAGGAUGGAUGGUACAAGGGACGCUGCAUUACGACGGAUAGAACUGGCGUCUUCCCGGGGAACUAUGUUCAAGUUGCCAAACCUCAGAUGAUUGCUGCAUACUUGGCAAAGCGCAACGCAAGAGGAUCGUCAAACCUGAAUCGCGAUAACAACGGUAGCGGAGGAUCCCUUGGAGGUAACAACAAUGGGGAAAACUUGUCUGGUACAUCAGCCGUUGUGAGCUACACGCGGCCCAGACCAAGCCUUAGUAGUGGAUCAGAUGGGAGAAACUGUGAAGGGUCUCGUGGUGAGAAUACAAGUCUCCUGGACACACCAGUCCAUUCUAUGGUACCCACACUCUCUCCAACUCACUCUUCGCCUCAUGCCGGGUCCCUCUUGCCUGGGGCGGCUGGUGGACUGGGUAGUAAUAGUCCUCCCUCAUCACUGCCACCGGAAUUGCCUCCCAGAUCUGUUAGUUCCUCUAUUGAUGGCUCUACACAUCGCUCAGUUGGACACACAUCAGCAUCUUGGCAUGCUUCAUCUCCUACUUCACAGGGCUUUUCCAGUAAUCAAAGAUCAAGUGGAAUAAGCAAUGCUGUCUCACCUCCGCCAAAUAUUGCUCUUGGUGAGAAUAGCUCCGUUGCUACUGGUAACUCCCCGUCUUCAAAAUCUGAUAAGAGAAGCACGAAGGAGCGAGGGGGGGGAAGUGGGGGGAUGAGCCUGAUGCGCAAGUUUACAAGUAGCGGUAAAAAAAAGAGCAAAUCUCCACCACCUUCGUAUUCAAUGGACAACCCAGUGUUUGAGGACUCUACAGUAUCCGCCAGUGUGCAACAUGUCCAUACUAGAUCAGGGUCAUGCCCAGGCACUCUGGUAGGUGGGGGUACAGGUGGUGUCUUGGUAACAAGCUUAGGCUUUGGUCCUAACUCUCGCCUUCGUGCUGCUGGGGGAUCCUGCCGUGUUCGAUCUCGUGAUCGACCUAAUCUCAUCCUCUCCAAUCUCAUGUUACGGGGAAGGACUGGCAGCAACCCAGACACAAGUGAAGUUGGUGAGGCACCUCAUCCUCCAUCAUCCUCUCCCCCAACUGCCAUCCAAACUACAGGUGAUGUCUCCACAGACACUGCCAGACGCAAAAAACAGCCGGCACCUCUUGUACGUGAAAGAUUCCGCUGCAUAGUGCCAUAUCCUCCAAACAGUGAAUAUGAACUAGAGUUGCAGCUGGGUGAUAUAAUUUAUGUCCACAAGAAACGAGACGAUGGUUGGUAUAAAGGAACUCUUCAGCGGACGGGCAAGACUGGUCUUUUUCCUGCUAGUUUUGUUGACUCAUGUUAGCUGAAAUAAGUGCCAGCAAAAACUUAUGUUAGUAAGCGAACUCCAUAAAAAGUAUUUGUGCUGAUUCUUGGUCUUCAUAGAGUAACUAUAAUGUAUAGCUAAGCUUUUCUAGCAGACGUAAUGGAUGUUUGGAAGAUUUUGAUACUUUUGUAGCUGCAUGAAAUCAUGAAAAUAACCCAUUUAUGAGAAUAAUUGUGGCUCCUGUGAUGUAGAGUUAUGUUAUGUCAUGCUGAUCAGCAUGACAUCUUGGUGAUCAUUUAUAGUGUCUCUCAUCAGUUGAAACAUGAUAUCAUAUUCUGUAUGCAGUGUUUAUUUGGUCUGCUUCAGCUAUAUAUUUGUUAUAAUUAGUAAUUUUUGGAUUAUUCAAAUCACUUUGGUUAAAGAGUGGACUAAGCUAUCUAGAACUUAAUAUAAUCUCUUAUAAUAAAUUGCUGAAAAGAGCUAUUAUUCUUAGGCCUCUAUUUACAAAAAAUGUGUAGUACCUUAUAAGCAAGUAAUUGUUACUAAAACGUACUAAGGUGUACAUUUGUGGUGUUGUGAGCUGAUGGUGCUGUGUUAGUGUGUGUAGUUGGUGGGUCAGUUAGUGUUGAAGGGUGUGAACUUCAAUUUGGUAUUUUGCUUUCAAGGAUUGGUGAUAUGUUGAUGCUCAGAUCUGCCAUUUUUAGAUUAACCUAAGUGUUCAUGAAGCCUAUUAUCAGCUGCAGGAAGUGAUAAGUUCCUAAUUGUUACUUAAAGGAAAGCUAUUGAGCAAAACUUUGCUUGCUCUGUAUUUUCUUCAGCUAUUACUGCUAGCCACUAUAUCAAAGAACAAAUCAAAGAAAAUUAAAUGAAUCCAUAUAUCUGUGGACUGGCAAAGCUAAGUCAAGGUUUAUUGAGUAUUUAAAAUUCACAAUUUGUAGUUUUGUUUUAAAUACAGUAUACACACAAUAUUUAAUGACUACUAAGGCCUGAGAGAUGUCAAUGGAUGUGAGUUGUCUUGUAAGAUCUUAGAGAAGCUUGGUUAAGAACAAAAGAAUUAAAGGAACUGCAGACUGCGUAUUGGCCCGUACGAGACAGCUCCUAUUUAUGUCCAAUCAAACUCAUUCAUCUAUAUGUCUAACGUACAUUUGAAACAAUCAAGUGAUGCUAUGUCUAUUAUGUUAUCUGGCUUUAGUAUGGAUCUUUAUAUUUCUGGACUGUUUUUUUUAAUGUGCAUCAAAAUUAUAUUCAUGAGUCACAUAUAUUACAUAAACAAAAAAGACUAAUGACAUAACUUAUAGUUGUAUAACACAAACUAUUUGUAUUUCAUGAGUGGCCAUGAUUAACACAUUUUAAGAAUGUAAAGUUGUGAUUUAUUUAUCUUGAUCAACGUGUAAGUAGCUCUGAUGAAGACGGAACAAAUGACUUCAUGUGACUACCGUACUCUACAGUAACGAUUUAAGAUAAGAAGAAACUUUAGACUGAACAUACCAGUAGAAAGCAAGGUGUUGCCUCAGGCUGACAGGUUUUAUAUUAAUAUUACUGCAGGUGUUUAUGCCAGUUGUGUGUGGAGGUGUUUGUGCCAGUUGUGAGUGGAGGUGUUUGUGCCAGUUGUGAGUACAGGUGUUUGUGCCAGUUGUAAGUGGAGGUGUUUGUGCCAGUUGUGAGUACAGGUGUUUGUGUCAGUUGUGAGUACAGGUGUUUGUGCCAGUUGUGAGUACAGGUGUUUGUGCCAGUUGUAAAUGCUGGUGUUUAUGCCAGUUGUGAGUGGAGGUGUUUGUGCCAGUUGUGACUGAAGGUGUUUGUGCCAGUUGUGAGUGGAGGUGUUUGUGCCAGUUGUGAGUACAGGUGUUUGUGCCAGUUGUGAGUACAGGUGUUUUUGCCAGUUGUAAGUGGAGGUGUUUGUGCCAGUUGUGAGUACAGGUGUUUGUGCCAGUUGUGAGUACAGGUGUUUGUGCCAGUUGUGAGUACAGGUGUUUGUGCCAGUUGUGAGUGGAGGUGUUUGUGUCAGUUGUGAGUACAGGUGUUUGUGCCAGUUGUGAGUGCAGGUGUUUAUGCCAGUUGUGAGUGGAGGUGUUUGUGCCAGUUGUGAGUGGAGGUGUUUGUGCCAGUUGUGAGUACAGGUGUUUGUGCCAGUUGUGAGUACAGGUGUUUGUGCCAGUUGUAAGUGGAGGUGUUUGUGCCAGUUGUGAGUACAGGUGUUUGUGCCAGUUGUGAGUACAGGUGUUUGUGCCAGUUGUGAGUACAGGUGUUUGUGCCAGUUGUGAGUGGAGGUGUUUGUGUCAGUUGUGAGUACAGGUGUUUGUGUCAGUUGUGAGUACAGGUGUUUGUGCCAGUUGUGAGUACAGGUGUUUGUGCCAGUUGUGAGUGCAGGUGUUUAUGCCAGUUGUGAGUAUAGGUGUUUGUGCCAGUUGUGAGUACAGGUGUUUGUGUCAGUUGUGAGUACAGGUGUUUGUGUCAGUUGUGAGUGCAGGUGUUUAUGCCAGUUGUGAGUGGAGGUGUUUAUGUCAGUUGUGAGUGCAGGUGUUUAUGCCAGUUGUGAGUGCAGGUGUUUAUGCCAGUUGUGAGUGCAGGUGUUUAUGCCAGUUGUGAGUGCAGGUGUUUAUGCCAGUUGUGAGUGCAGGUGUUUAUGCCAGUUGUGAGUGCAGGUGUUUAUGCCAGUUGUGAGUGCAGGUGUUUAUGCCAGUUGUGAGUACAGGUGUUUAUGCCAGUUGUGAGUACAGGUGUUUAUGCCAGUUGUGAGUGCAGGUGUUUAUGCCAGUUGUGAGUGCAGGUGUUUAUGCCAGUUGUGAGUACAGGUGUUUAUGCCAGUUGUGAGUGCAGGUGUUUAUGCCAGUUGUGAGUGCAGGUGUUUAUGCCAGUUGUGAGUGCAGGUGUUUAUGCCAGUUGUGAGUGCAGGUGUUUAUGCCAGUUAUGAGUGCAGGUGUUUAUGCCAGUUGUGAGUGCAGGUGUUUAUGCCAGUUGUGAGUGCAGGUGUUUUAUUUGCCAUUAUUUUAUGAGCAAGAUAAUUGUUUUUAUUAAUAUAUAAAUUUAAGGUCCCAAUAAUUUUUGUCUGUUGAGAAUACCGAAAGCAAAUGUAGUCAUGACAUAUUUGAUAAGAAUUUUGUGACACUUUCAUGUGUGUUUAUUCAUUUUUCAGGUUUUAUAUUUAACUAACAAGAUUUAUAUUUGCUAUUUGUAAAGCCCGGCUUCUUAUGAUUUAAAUUCAAGACUAAUUUAAGGAUUUAGAUGUAGUACAGUUUUUGAAACUUUAUGAAUUGUGUAUUUUGUAAUGAGUGAUGAAUGUGUUGGCUUUGUUUAACUAGAGAACAAUGUGACACUACAUGCACCUUCCACAUUACUAAGUUCAAAUAUUUAUGGCUUAGAACUAUGAAAACUAGAAUGUGUAUUUUGUUUUUAACAAAUAUAGAACAGACUGCCUAAUAUACACCAGCAAAGGGAAUGUCUUCCUCUUCUCCACAAAAGUUACCAAAAGGUAGUGGACACAAAAUUUUUAAGAUAAAAUAUGUUCUUUUAACUUACAUAAAGUAGAAUACUGCCCUUGCAACACAAGUACCAACAACACACAACAUUCAUUCAUUCACUCAUUCAUUCAUUCAUUCAUUCAUUCAUUCAUGCAUACAUAUAUACAUGUAUAAAUAAUGUGUGUAUAUGUAUACACACACAUACAUAAAUGUAUACUGUGUGUAUGCCAUAACCAUUUAAAAAUGGGAAACUUCAUAUUACAAAAACUAUAUGGAAGACAAGACACUACUAUAUGCUAUACUGUAUUUAGGUACAGUAUAUAUACCCUUGGGUAAUUGUAUACUCAUACAAAUUAAAUAGAUUUAGACAUGCUAUAAAAUGGGCCCCUUGGACCUAAAGUACAAGAGCAAGGAGAGAGAGAGAGAAUGUUAAAUAUACCAAAACCAGUAGAUAAGAAAAAGCCGAUAACACCUCAUGCAAAAUUGUGACAGAAAAACAAAAUUGACAUAGUAAAUUUGCUUUACAAUUAUAUCUCAAGGCUGAUAAAUUGUAUGAAAUAAAUUGGUUUAAAAGAAUCAAACUUUUUGUUAGGUCUGGUGUGGUUCUGUAGUAGACAGUUGAGUGUUGAUGGGUUUCCAGCCGUAGUGGUGUUGCCUCGGAAGCUUUCGAAGACGCCACGGACAAUGAAAUCGUCUUUACCAUACCCAUCUUCCAGCAACAAAUUCCUUACUGGGAUUUCUACGCUAUCAUUCGUAAUGUAAUCCACAACCUCUGGGAAGGGGGGAGAGAUCUGGUUACUAACUGCUCACCAGAAAUCCUGCACUUAACAAAUGUGACCUAUCACUGAAAUUCUUCCUGUCACUGAAAUAAAAAGUGUAUAUAAUAUAUACGACUAUAAAAAAUAUAUAUAUAGAGUACAGACAAUGCUAUACUGUAUUAUCAUCUUGGCAUGGCACUUACUCUUUAACAGUUUUAUUGGCAAAACAGAAGUUUGAAUUUCAUAAACCAGUAGAGUGUGUAGAGAAUGAUCAUCACAUUAUUGAAAAAAAACAGUAUUAUGAAAGUAAUUAUUUAAAUCCAGUGAAAAUUGUGACUAAAAAAAACUGGAUGAAUUGAUUACUAUUUAGUAUAGGGUUCCCCAAAGUUAUCCUUGUCAUUCAUAGCCUUUAUUUAAAAAAGUUAUUAAAAUUGUGAGGCAGAGAGUGUGAAGACUAAUGCAUUGCUUACCUUUCCAGUAAUACGUUAAGUUUAUCUCCUUGUCCAAUAUGCUACCAUAAAUAGUGUUUUUACUGGUUCUUCUUCACCUACUCCACAUACACACACACAUUAACAUCACCGUAUAUCUUCAUUACAAGGCCAUUAUUGACUACCCAUACAUGUCUCCCAUUUUCAUACUUUACUCCUCCAAUUAUAAUAAUAGUGUGAUCACACACAAGUUACAGCUAACCAUAUAAAUACAGUAUACGUAAACUUGGCAGGUUCCUUUAUAGUACGCACAGCCUUUUUGAGGCAAAUUUAAUUGCACUACAUUUCAAUUGCAAUAUAAUGACUGAUCAAAGUUUGAGAUUCCUUACAUAUAAAGACCAACAUUCACCAAGAUAAAAUGCAUUAAAAUAAGUCACAUUAAAUUGUUACAAAUCAAUUUUAAGUUGACAUUUUGACCUCUACCAAUUAUGAGUACAAUAUUAUUAUACAUAAUUUGAUUGAUACCCAAAAUAUAUGGGCAACUGUUGUGUUAUAAUUUGUUUCAUAUUUAGUUUAUUUUUGUGUAAUUUACAUAAAGAAAUUUAACAAAAAAAAAAAAAAGAUGAAUUUACAUUGGCGAGGUAAAUCAUUUAUAAACUGUAUACAAAUAUUUAAAAAUAAAUUAUCAGCGUAAAUUAUAUGUAUUAGUGUACUUUACUAGAAUGUUAAGGGGUUUGGUUUGCCAUUGUUGGGGACAGGAAAGGUACUUGGUAUAUUGAGAUACCCUUGGCCAGCUGACUGACCUUUGAGAUGCAACCCACUACAGUCUACAAAUAUCCAGGUACUCAUUUACUGCUAGACAAACACACACGCACACACAUUGGGAUGUAAGGAAACACUUCCAAACAUCUCGCCUCACUUGACAAUUGAUUCCCAGACCAAACUGUUGUAAGACAACGUCACUGAAAAGUAAAAUGUGUUUGAUAAAAAUAAGCAUUGUUUAAUAGUAAAGGUUUAGUUGUCUUUUGAAUUUGGGUUAUACAGAAUAUUUAUAUAGAAUUUCAAGUACCCAGUAGUUCUGUAUAGUAAAAUGAAUGAAAAAAUAUGCAUUUGUUGCAUCGAAUAGUCAGAUAUUUUAUAAUCACAAAAAUGUCAUGGUUUUCUCUGUACGGUACUUUAAUAUUUAAUAUUAUUGGUUGUCACUAUUUAAAAUUAUUUUAUUCGGGAUUUGAAUACUCCAUCAGCUAAAAUGAACAGUGCUCUAUAACCACACCAACUUGUUACUUUCUUUUGAUAAUUACUUAUUUGAAUACUAAGUCACUUUGAAUAAGUUGAACUAUCACCAAGUACAUUUUCCCACUCGCCAAAAUUGGUAGGCCUUCCGUACAUUAUUGUGUUUACAGUCUGAACACACUAGUUGCCAGUCGUAACAAUACGCGGCCGUUAUACUUCUCUUUAUGUACCACUUCCUGCUUCUUCCCAUUCAAAUAAUGUACAGUACAUAGAAACUGCCCCUCUGUGAACUUUCAAACUUUGAUCUUGCUUAUAUUAAUAUUAUAUUAAUUCAUAUGCUUCAUAAUUAGUCAUCCUCAGAUUGGGAAUUCAUAUUGGUAAUAACUUUUAUUUUUUGUUUUAUCAAGUGGUCAUAGUAAUAUCUUUAAGUUGAUUUGAAAUAUUUGAACAAGUGAAGGAUACGUGACUUUACAAACGAUUCUUGUUGCAACAAGUACUGUACACAAAACUUUAACACACACACACUACCACAUGUCUGUAUGUCUGUAAUUUAGAUUCUUGAGUUUAAGUUGGUAAUACUGUAUAUACAUUGGUCAUUGGUCAGUAUUAUUAUCUUUCUUUCUCGGUAUUGCCACAUCUGAUUAUUAUUAUUAUUAUUAUUAUUAUUAUUAUUAUUACUAUAUUAUUAUUAUAAUUAUUACUAUAUUAUUAUUAUAAUUAUUAUUACUGUAUUAUGAUUUAUUAUAAUAAUAAUAAUAAUUAUUAUUAUUAUUAUUUUUAUGGGUGCUAUUGUAGUUAUUCCCAGUAUGAAUACCUUAUUGUUUCAUCUUUUCUUGCGUUUCCAUUCAAUGUUAUAAGAAUAGCUGUGGGAAGUGUUGGUACCACCUCCUUGAUGAUGGCUCCAUGGGUCACGCUAACACUGGAACAAUCACAUCAAACAUUGAUGCAGCGUAAAAGUCACACAUUGUACUGACUUGAAACUUCAUUAAAUUUUGAGCCAAAACAUAUGGGUGCUAUUGAAAUUAAGCUUUGCCGAUUUGAAACCUACAUUUAUGUACAGGGAUUAUCAUUACAUUGAACUUGCUUUUGUUAUUGAAUAGGUACCCAAGUAUCAUUUUAUUUUUGUUUAGUUCUUAGAAGAGAAAUGAGAGAUUAUCAUCACAAAGUGUGGUUGUCAUCCCUUGCCUUACUACCAAAACAACAACAACAACUUGCCCACCAACACCCCCCAUCCCCUUAACACUUUCGCGCUCUCGGCGCUCAAAAAAAAACAAUACCCCAGAUGCUUUCGGCACUUCGCGCGCCUACGCGGUAAG